GAUGUUGAGAUGUAUAUUUUCCUUAUAUAAUAGCAAUUCAUGACUCUUGAUCUUGAAUUUCCAAUCUUCAGUAGGAAUGGAGGGGAGCGAAGAGAGGAACGGAGGGGAGCACAUGGCAUCUCGUCGCCGACCGCUGUUCCGUCUUUCGGUAUCCCUAAAGUUUCAGAGGUGGUGGUUUAUGGAAACUUCUUUUUCUGUUUUAUUGGAUUUGGAGCAUAGAUUGGAGAAGGUUAAAGAUACUGUGGUGUGGAAUCGAGCCCUCUUCCUUCGGGUGGUGACGUGCUCUGAGGAGGACAGAAAAUUCAAUAAAGAUAUUACUAUUGGCCUUAUUCUCAAUGAACUUUUGAAUUGAACCUUGCCGAGUACAAUGUUCAUAUGGAUAAGCUUCUUGAUGUGGGAGGAAAUAUUCUGUCCAGCCGAUGGGUCAAGCAAACUUUCUUCUAUCCAAGAUACAGUUUCUUGGGAUGGACUAUGUAUAGGCUGGGUUUGGACUUAGUUAAGGUGAAUAAUUGUGAACAGAAAAUCAAUCAAUCAUGCAAAUUAAGUGCUACCCUCAACUUAAAGAAGCAUGAGAAUGCAACAGAAGACCAGUCUUUCCUUGAGCCAAAGCAUGGAAAAUCAAGUAAGUUGGAAAGCCUACAUUUUGUAUGGGCAUGUACUUAUUAUCUAUUGUGAUGUGCCCAGGAGCUUAAAUAUUGGUUUGCUAGGAAACCUACGUAUCUGACUAAGUGCAUAUUAUGUUAGGGAGAGGAAUGUAUUAAAACUUGCAUAUGUUGUUUAAUUGUGUGCUAAUUAUGUAUUGGGAGCAAGCAUGCCUGAAAGCUUGCAUAUAUGUUUUGACUAUGAUAAGCCCAAAGCUUGUUUAUCAGGUUUGAUUGAUUGUACAUUUAUUUUUUUGUUGAGGAUCAACGUGUUUGAAAGCUUGCAUUAUGUUUGAUUGUGUGCUUGUUAUCUUCAUAAAGAUGUGCUUGAAAACUUGCAAACGGCUUUUGGAUUUUUAUUGGAGGUUGUAGGCAUGCCCAAUAUGUGGAUUGUGCUUACUUUUUGGGGGGCUUGAGUUUGUCAUACAACUUGCAUUUGUUUGGAAUGUGUGUUAUUUUUCGUUAGCAUAUGACUAUGUGUUUGAUUUUUAUGGUGAUGAGCCCCCCCUCUCCUUUUUUUUUUUUUUUUUUUUAAAGUAGGUGGAUAUUAUAUAUCAAUAUGAUGGGUUCAUGAAAGCUUGCAUAUUCGUUUUAACUAUAUGUUUAGUAUAUGUUUUGUGCAAGUGUGUUUGAUAGCCUUUGUUUUGACAAUGCAUACAUUUUUGUUUUGGGUAUGUCUGUAUGGAAGCCUGCAUAUCUGCUGGACUCUAUAAUACCUUAUCUUUUUUCCUUGAGGUCAAAAAACUUGCAUAUUUAUUUUGAUUGUGUCUAUUAAUUGUUAAGGGUCAUUUUUUUAGCGGAAAGCAUCCAAAAGUUAGCAUAUUUGUUUGUGCUCAGUUCUUUUUGUGUUAUGGAAAAGCAUGCUUGAAAGCCUUUAUAUCUAUUUUGACUAUUUCUUGUUAAUCAUUUGGGGGGAAGUGUGCCCCGAAACCCAAAUUCAUAGUGUGUAUUUUUAUUCGCAAUUGUGUUUUAGUAUGCAUAUUUUAUUUUGAAUGUUUGCUUCAUUUCUCUUGGGAAAAAACUUCCCAAAAAAGUCUAUCUGUUUUGAUUGUUUUUAUUUUAUGUUUGUGGCAAACAUGUUGCAAGAUUGCAUAUCUGUCUAAGUGGUAUGCUUAUUCUGUAUAUGGGGCAAACAUGUUGCAAGAUUGCAUAUCUGUCUAAGUGGUAUGCUUAUUCUGUAUAUGGGGCAAACAUGUUUGAAAUCUAUUUUGACUAUUGGCUUGUGCAUGUUGACAUUUGGGAGGUGUGUUAGGAAAGUUGCGUAUAUGUUUGGAUUAUGCGUAUGCCCUGAAGCAUGCACAUAUAUUACAUUGUAAGCUUACUUUUUAUUGGGUCAGGUUUAAAUGCCUUUUUUUCAUUGUGUUUAUUGUUUAUUUCUGGGAAACAUGUAUGAGAAUUUGCAUAUCUAUUUUAGAUAGUGUGCUUAUUCUGUGUUUGGGCCAACAUCAAAAGCCUGUCUAUUUUGAUUGUUUGCUUGUUUGUUUACAUUUGGAUGGUGUGCUAGAAAAGUUGCAUGUAUGUUUGUUUGGAUUAUGUGUUUGCACAUAUAUUGCAUUGUGUGUUUAUGGGUAGCCAUUCCCAUGAGUCUAUUUUGAGAGUUUGUUAUUGAUUCCAUGUUUUGUUUAUAUUAGGUGCUAUUAGGUAUUUGUUUAUUUUCUUGAAAGUGCAUAUCUUUGAUUGUGUGCUUAUUUUAUAUUUGAUGGCAAGCAUGCCGUGUGCCAAAAUGCUUGAAAAUCUAGUGUGCCCAAAAACUUACAUAUUUGUUUUGACUAUAUGCAGUGUUUUUCAAUGGUAGGCAUGCCAUAAAAACCUGUACGUUUUGAUUGUGUAGUUAUUAUUUAUUAGAACCAAGCCUGCCCGAAAGCUUGCAUAUAUGUUUUGACUAUGUGCUUAUUGGGUUUAGGCAUGCUUGGAAAGACUGGUAUUUUUUUUUAUAUGUUUAUUGUUGCAUUCGUGUCUGAAAGCCUACAAUUAUGUUUGGACUCUAUGCUUAAUAUGUGUUGUUGGUGCCUUGCUAAUGCAUCCUUGAAAGUUUGUUUGUUUUUAUGUGUUUAUCAUUGUUUGGAGGUAGGCAUCUCAAAGCCCAAAUUGUGCUUUUUUUUUUAUUGUGACCAUUGAUUUGUUGAGGAUUGACAUGCUUGAAGUAUAUAUUUUGAUUUGACUAUGUGCUUGUGAUUUUGAGAAAAAUGUGGUUAGAAGCUUAUGUGUUGAUAACUGGGUGUUUAUUUAUUUUUAUGGAAAUGGGUGCACCUAAUAUCCUAUAUAUUUGUUGAGUUUGACUAUUACCGGUUAUUAUUUGUUGAGCCUUAGCAUAACCAAAAUUUUGGAUAUAUGUUUGAAUGUAUGUUUAUUAU